AUGUUUGGCACUGUGGCUGUAAACAGGCGCGUAAGAGCCUUAAACUGAGCAUCUCAUGUUUGGGUUCACGCCUUCGUGCAGAAAGAGGAAUUUAACCCCUCCAAAAGAUGCCCAUAGUGUUUGAGUGUUGCCUCCUGGAGCCACCGUCAGUGGACUCGAUGCUAUACUGUGAUGCCUGAUUAAUGCAAAUACGUUGAAUUGUCCUAUAGAAAAAAAAUCUUUAACGAUUGCGUCCUUUGUCUUUGUGUGGCAAUGACUGUCAUGUCUUUGUUUGACCACUCCCAGUGAAUCCCAUUAAGCCAAAGCUACACUGUUAUAAACACACGCUGUGUCUUAAAAGAAAGCCCGCCGAUUUAUAAUAGGUAUUUAAAUUAGUUUCAGACUAAGUUAUCCAAAAUAAGCGUAAUGAUUUCGUUUUACAGACUUAAAACAGAUUUACUCCAGUUAGUGCCCCUAGUAGAAUGAAACUACGCGGAUAAGCACCAUUAUUUAUAAUAGCGUUUGACUGGGGAAACAAACAAACAAACAAACAAGCAAACAAGGAGCGCAAUUUCUUUUUAAUAAUUUUACACCUACAAAAGCUUCCGCAGAAUAAUGAGCUGUGAUCCAUAACCAGUUAUUAACCAUCUCUUAUUCCACCUCACAGACGCGUAUUGUGGCGCAGAGAAAAAAAUCCUCGCAUCGCAUUUGUUUAAACCUACCACCAAAAAGUUCAGGAUGUGUGGCUGCGAGCGGCGGUUCCUUCAAAAAUAAAACGAGAAAAUGAGUCCUGUCAAAAGAGUUACAAUAUUACAAGAAAUUUGCGGCCAGUUUCUAAUGAAAUCCUCCUCACCGCACGUGUAAGCUUUGUCUGUCUCCCCCCCUUUCUCCUAAUGUUUUUCUCUCCGCUUAAACACAUCUCCCUCUUUCUCUUACACUGAUUACACAGUCGUUUGGCGUCUUUUCAUAUUCCAUUAUAUGUUUUUUUAUAUCCUAGGUAAAGAAAUGCAGGCUGCUCAUAGAAAUGUCUGAAGAAAUAUGGCAGAAGCUUCCUCUGGGUUCCAAGUUGCCGGCGGAUUACUUUCCAACUCCAGAGCUCCGUCAUUGGAGGACUGCCACACGUGACCACGGCACCCUUCUGUUCCAGGUUGAACCCAGAUGAACAAUCUGAGUGCCCACUGGAGCCCGUGGUUCACUGCCAUGGCAAGGGCAAGCUGGACAUCAAGAGCAGGAGCUGCAGUCUACUCACCAUCUGCCGCUCAGAAGUAAUUUUUCCCUGGAUGAAUCCACGGACCACUGGCUCUGAACAAUCUGUCAGGAGUGGCAUGGCAGCUGGUCUAUCAGGUAGAGGAAGGCAAAGUGUGAAGAGGGAGAGGACAGCCUUUACCAACAACCAGCUGCUGGAGCUGGAGAAGGAGUUCCACUUCAGCCCUUACCUGUGUCGUCCUAGGAGGCUGGAGAUGGCCGCUGGGCUCCAGCUCACUGAUCGUCAAGUUAAGAUCUGGUUUCAAAACCGCAGGAUGAGGUACAAGAAGGAGCAGAAGUAUGGAAAGAUGACAAGUUUAUCUCAGUGGUCCACCUGCAACCUGUCUUCCAGCUCAGCCUUUGCAGAUCACCUGAAUUUUCCAGAUGCAAACAUUGUUAGAACUUCCUCCUCCUCCUCAGACUUGCACGCCCCUCUCUUUGGCUCUUUCAGUAACAGCAAUAAUGGUCAGUAUAUUCACCCCUCAGACCUGGCCCAUUUGAACUGCAUACUUCCAUCUGUUGCAAAUGGUCCAUCGGCCUCCUUUACAAGCAUAGAUAGUCAUCACCGUGCUGGCAUUUCAAAGUGGCCCUAGGGCCCCAUAAUGGCCAACUCCUCCUGUGCUCAUCAAAAUCUCAAUAUGAUACAUCUACUUUCACUUACUUAUGAAAGACUGGAGGAUGAGUCUGAUCAGCAGGGUUGAAGUUCCCUCAACACACCCUUUCAGCAUUCAUGGAACAUUUUAAUUAAACCAUAUGAACACAUCUUAAUUAAAGGAAACCUACAGCGAUAUCUUUUGUGUUUCUCAAACACAGUGACUCAAGACUGCAGGGCCUCAAACUUGCUGUGCUUUUUGUACAUACACACAGCAUGCACAAGACAUUUAAAGAAGUAAUAAUUACAUGUUUUUGUUCUGUAAUCUUACGGGUGUAUUGUCGCAUGGUUAAUGCAUGCAUGAUGUAGACUUUGAGUGAGUCUUCCAUUGCCUUCCUGUUGUCAGACAAUUGCUAAGUGGUUGUCAUUUUCUAAGUGUUACAUUAGGAUUUUUUUUGCAUUUAAAUAACAGGUUGUGUGAAAUAUUAGUAAGUGUUAAAUGGGCAAAUUAAUGUUCAUUUUGACUGAUGUUAUAUUUUUGUUAAAACUAUUAAAUGAUACGGCAAGUCUUUGA